AUAGGAUCAUAAGGCAUUAGUGUAGUUCUUAGCUUCCAAACCCUGUCUGUAUGCGUCUCAGGAAAAUCCCACGAAACUCCUUCGAAGUUCGAGCAGUAGAGUUUACUGGAGAAAGCCAUCAAAAGGCUAAAUGCCUCCAAGAUCGUGGAUCCAACAAACCAAACCCCAACUCAUCCCACAUCAAUGGCUUCUCUGCAACUGCAUAUCAUCUCCGGCUUCAUCUUCACCCUCCUCUUCAUCCCGAUUUCAUAUUCUAUACCCUUUAUCGUAUUACACGGUGUUGCAGGUAACUGCUCUUAUCGAGGAGUCUCCAAAUUCACUAAGCAUCUGAGUAACUGGUCCGGUUCUAAAGGAUUUUGCAUAGAAGUUGGAGAUGGAGCAUGGGAUUCUUGGAUCAUGCCCCUUCAGGAACAAAUAAAGAUUGUCUGUGAUAAGGUGAAGGAAAUGAAAGAACUCAGUCAGGGCUACAACAUUGUUGGACUCUCCCAGGGUAACUUAAUAGGUCGAGGAGUUCUUGAGUUUUGUGAAGGAGGACCACCUAUUAAAAAUUUCAUCUCACUGGGAGGUCCUCAUGCUGGCACUGCUUCUGUUCCACUUUGUGGUACUGGUGUCAUAUGUGUUCUCGUGGACAGCCUAAUCAGAUUAGAGAUUUAUUCUGACUAUGUCCAGGCUCAUUUGGCUCCCAGUGGUUAUCUUAAAAUUCCAACGGAAAUUCCUGCCUACUUAGAAGGAUGCAAGUUUCUCCCUAAGCUAAACAAUGAACUUCCUACUGCGAGGAACUCCACUUACAAGGAGCGGUUCUGUAGCUUAGAAAAUUUGGUACUUAUUAUGUUUGAGCAUGAUACAAUUUUGAUACCUCGUGAGACGUCCUGGUUUGGAUAUUAUCCAGAUGGAGGGUUUAUUCCAAUUUUACCUCCACAGCAGACAAAACUCUACAUUGAAGAUUGGAUUGGCCUGAAAACCUUGGAUGAUGCUGGUAGGGUUAAAUAUAUUAGUGUGCCAGGACAACAUCUACAAAUCUCUAAUGCUAAUAUGAAGAAGUAUAUCGUGCCAUACUUGAGAGGCCAAAAUUCAACAACAGAUACAGGAAUCGGGGGAUCGUCGUCUCACAGAUGGCCCUUGUCAAUCUGGACUUACAUCAGGGAAUUAGUUGGAGACACUAAAAAUUGGCCAUUUCUACGCACAUAAUCCACUUGCAUAUAGUUCGGGGCCAUAUCUUACACGUGAAUUGUAUAGAGAAUGCGUGUUUUGAAUUCAGGGGGCUUCUCUAUACAUGUACAGUGAUUAGAAAGCCCUUUCAAAUCCCAUCAUACAAGUGACUUUUUAAAGGCUGGCAUUGGACUGACAUCAUUGAAAAGUAUAGGUUCAAGUCUCAUAAAGUUGUUCUUAAGCCAUUUAAAUGAAACUUCAUUCAUGAUAUACGAUGUCAAAGUUAUUCUCACCUUUUAUUAA